AUGGCAGAUGGAGACUGGGGAAAUCAAACGUUGGUCACUGAAUUUACCCUCCUGGGAUUUGGGGACUGCUCAGAACUUCAGACCGUUCUCUUCCUGCUGUUUUUCACGAUCUAUAUCAUGACCAUGGCUGGGAACAUCUUCAUCCUUGUGCUGGUGGUGGCCGAUUGUCACCUCCACACCCCCAUGUACUUCUUCCUGGGGAACCUGUCCUGCCUAGAGAUCUGCUACAGCUCUACCAUCCUGCCCCGGCUGCUGGCCAGUCUCCUGACGGGGGACAGGACUGUUUUAUUUAGCGGGUGUUUCCUGCAAUUUUAUUUCUUCGCUUGCCUGGCCGGCGCCGAGUGCUAUCUCCUCUCCGUGAUGUCUUACGACCGGUAUUUAGCAAUAUGCCAGCCCCUGCAUUAUGCGUCCCUGAUGCAUGGCAGGUUCUGCCUGCAGCUAGCUGGCGGGUCGUGGCUCAGUGGAUUUCUUGCUAACUCGGUCACCAUUGUUUUCAUGUCGCGGUUAACGUUCUGCGGGCCCAAUGAAAUUGACCAUUUCUUCUGUGAUUUCACCCCCAUGCUCAAGCUUUCCUGCAGCGAUGCUGAGUUCAUGGAACGUGUGGCAUUCACGCUGGCUGCCGUCUACACGCUGCCCCCUUUUACGUUAACGCUGACGUCCUACGUUUAUAUCUUGAUCUCCAUCCUGAGGAUCCCUUCCAGCAGGGGGCGGCAAAGGGCCUUUUCCACCUGCUCCUCCCACCUCAUCGUGGUGACCGUUUUCUAUGGAACCCUGAGCAUGAUCUACAUGCUGCCGGGCUCCACCAUGCGGAGAGACCUCCACAAAACCUUCUCCGUUUUCUACACGGUCCUGACCCCCCUGGCCAAUCCCCUCAUCUAUAGCCUGAGGAACAGAGAGGUCAAGGAGGCCCUGAGAAAAGCACUCAGGAAAAAAACGGGA